GAGGACCCAUUGCUUGGAUCCAUAACCCGCAUUGAGGGCGAAGGUUUAGAUCCAAGAUCCAAACCCUCACAUUACAUAAACCUAACUGUCCAAUCCAAUCCGUAGUAUCAAGUAUCUAGCUAGGGUUUUUCAAAUUCUUCUUCCCUGUUAUUCACACAUCCGAUUUCCGCCAAAACCAUGUCUCUAAGGCCAAAUGCCAGAACCGAGGUUCGCCGCAACCGUUACAAGGUUGCAGUUGAUGCUGAUGAGGGUCGUCGGCGAAGAGAGGAUAACAUGGUCGAGAUCCGAAAGAGCAAGCGCGAGGAGAGCUUGCAGAAGAAGCGUCGCGAAGGUCUCCAAGCUCAGCAACAGUUUGCCACUCCUGUUCAGGCUUCCACUGUCGACAAGAAGUUAGAGAGUCUUCCUGCGAUGGUUGCUGGAGUUUGGUCGGAUGAUAAUACUCUUCAACUUGAAGCCACCACGCAAUUUCGCAAGCUUCUUUCAAUUGAGCGGAGCCCUCCGAUUGAGGAAGUUAUUCAAUCUGGUGUUGUUCCGCGUUUUGUUGAGUUUCUUGUCAGGGAGGAUUUCCCUCAACUUCAGUUUGAGGCUGCGUGGGCGCUUACAAACAUUGCAUCUGGGACUUCUGAGAAUACUAAGGUGGUCAUUGAUCAUGGGGCAGUUCCCAUAUUUGUCAAGCUGCUUAGUUCGCCUAGCGAUGAUGUUCGGGAGCAGGCAGUGUGGGCUUUGGGAAAUGUUGCUGGUGACUCCCCUAGGUGUCGAGAUCUAGUGCUCAGCCAUGGCGCCCUCGUCCCACUAUUGGCUCAGUUGAAUGAACAUGCAAAACUCUCAAUGCUAAGAAAUGCCACAUGGACAUUAUCUAACUUUUGUAGGGGUAAGCCACAGCCUCCAUUUGAGCAGGUGAGACCAGCGCUUCCAGCACUUGAGCGCUUGAUCUUCUCCAAUGAUGAAGAAGUCUUGACAGAUGCUUGCUGGGCAUUAUCAUAUCUUUCUGAUGGCACAAAUGACAAGAUUCAAGCAGUUAUUGAAGCAGGUGUAUGUCCCAGAUUGGUGCAGCUGCUCUUGAACCAAUCUCCCUCGGUUCUGAUUCCUGCCCUUCGUACUGUCGGAAAUAUUGUGACUGGAGAUGACAUGCAAACUCAGUCUAUUAUCAAUCAUGGUGCGCUCCCUUGCCUUUUGAGCCUGUUGAGUCAUAAUCAUAAAAAAAGCAUCAAGAAAGAAGCUUGCUGGACUAUAUCAAACAUUACUGCUGGAAAUAAGGAACAGAUACAGGCUGUUAUUGAAGCUGGUCUGGUUGCCCCCCUUGUCAAUCUUCUUCAAAAUGCUGAGUUUGACAUUAAAAAGGAAGCUGCCUGGGCAAUCUCAAAUGCUACAUCUGGUGGAACUCAUGACCAGAUUAAGUACUUGGUUGGUCAGGGUUGUAUAAAGCCUCUUUGUGAUCUUCUUGUUUGUCCGGACCCAAGAAUUGUCACUGUCUGUUUAGAAGGCCUAGAGAAUAUUCUGAAGGUGGGAGAAGCCGAGAAGAGCCUUGGCAACACUGGAGAUGUCAACUUGUAUGCACAGAUGAUAGAUGAUGCUGAGGGAUUGGAGAAGAUUGAAAACCUGCAGAGUCAUGACAACAACGAAAUCUAUGAAAAGGCCGUUAAACUUCUUGAAACAUACUGGUUGGAAGAUGAGGACGAGACCCUACCUCCAGGAGACGGUGCUCAACCUGGUUUUGGUUUUGGAAAUGAGCUCCCAGUCCCGUCUGGUGGAUUCAACUUCAGCUGAAGAUCUUUUCCUGAGAAGGGGCUUGUGGGAUGAAGUAAGUUUUAUGCAGGGUGGCUUUUGGGAUAAGGUCUUUGGAGGGUCAGUUAUUGCACCUUGUGUCUGCUUACAGUCUGGUCUGGUGUCCCUUGUGGGUUUAUGAGGUGCCGGGGAGGGUCAGUUAGCUACCAUGUCCAAGUAAAGAAGGGACUGGUGGAUUCAACAGCAGCAUAAUGACCUUUUCAGCAGUGUUUACUGUUUUAAAAAUAGAGUGGUGGUGAGAAAUCUGGAAGGGAUUUUAUAUGUUGCUGUGGCAGGGACACGGGCCCAUUUGGCGAGGGGGUUUUGUUCAAAUGCGGCUUUGAGUGCUACUACUUUUUAUUGGUAAAGAUUUAUUGGGUCAGUAUUUGAUUUUGGUAAAUAUAUAUUUCCGAAACCAA